UCAUUUGUAUCAGUAAAUGACCUACUCGACCCCGCGAAAAGUCCAGGUAAGCAGAGCCUUCGACACGUUCACGCAUUAAGAAGUUCCCGUUUGGUUGUGACACGAGAAGGCAAGGUUUUUUUACAGCCGAAAAAGGAGACAUGACUUCAGAAACGUUCAAAUGACGGAUCCCAGCGUUCUUGGUGUGAUUUUGGGAUCUGUGCUUGGAUUUCUGGCCGGAGUCAUCGUAGUCUGUGUUGGAUAUUUUGUUUAUGCAAAGCGAUCGGGAAAUUAUAGUCCACUUUCGCGGGAUGUACGCGCCAAGAUCGAUUACUAUUCCGCCUCAAGUCCCGAAGGCGCGUUCCUCGCCGCACAAACUCGACCAGUUCAAGUCCAACCAAAUGUAUAUACGCUAGCAAAGUCUUCCGCAGAAUCUUACCCGGAAAUAACUGAGUUGAACGAUGUUGAACAACAGAGAAUUCGCAUAACGAAGCCUUACGAAGCUGGCGCAAUUACUACCAUCCAAGAGGACAGCGAGGAUGUUGAAGAUGGGAGCGCUCGAAGUCUUCAAAGAAGUGGGUUGAGUGGCUCAGACAAGCCAAAACUAUCAAAGCGAAUGAGUUUACCUUCCAACCUUAAAUCUGAUGGAUUGUUCAAUCCUAACCCAGAAGAAUUUUUAAAAAAGAAAUUGUCAUCAGAGGAGGAGGAAUGUCGGCUUGAAUUCUCGUGUUUUUACGAUACGGCCAGUCGUGAAUUACACAUUACCGUCAUUCAAGUUGUUGGGAUUUCUACGCCAGACGAAAGUUUCUUGCGCCCGCCUAAUUGCAGCGUUAAAAUGCGCAUAUUACCCGAAAUGUUGUCGUGGCAGUGGACGCGCAAAAUUUCUCGUACCACGAAUCCAGCUUUCAACGAGACUUUCAUCGUACCUGGUUUUGUUCAUAACAAAUUACGAGAGUGCACCGUGCACUUUGUGGUAUUGGAUUUUGAUCAUGUGCAAGACAAUGUUUAUGUGAUUGGGGAAGUAUUCAUGCCAUUGUCAGAACUACGAGCCAACAGACUUGAGAAGAUUGUCAAAAGACUUGGUGAGCUGUCGAUUUCUUUGUGUCACAACCCAACGGAUCAAAAACUAAUGGUAAAAGUAAACUGCGCCAGGGGCUUACAGCAGAUUUCAAAGGACGGGAGACUAAAUCCAUUUGUAAAACUAGAGCUCACAUUCUGUGGACGGAAGCUAAGUACCAGGACAACAAAGACCGCUCAUAACACUAGAACACCAAACUUCAGUGAAAUGUACGUGUUCGAUGUGAACUCAGACAAACUGCCCCAGAUUACGCUGUUCUUCAAGGUCAAGCAUCGUGGUAUGAUGCGUGACGUACCCUUGGGCACGGUACACCUUGGGUAUUGCGUGAAUGUCGAGAGCGAAUACAAGCACUGGGAACAAGCCAUGGAAAAGCCUCACCUCGAAAUAGCGCAAUGGCACACUCUUCAAGAGUAUUUUGUUGAAUGAUUACAAUUUUUCGUCCCCUGACAGUAAGAUGAAUUACACUGAAACAAGUAAUGAUAGAUUUAAAUGAAUUUAUUUGGGGUGAAAAAUGCGUGGCCUGCGGUAGAGCUGGGUAGAAUCUAGAUAUCACAGGGGAAGAUUUCUCAUAAAACUGUCAGGUGGUAAAGCUUACAAAUGUCAUAUGUAAUUUGACUUUUUUUCAGAGAGAGAGAUUUACUUUCUACGACCCCGAUAAAGAAUAUUUUGUAUGAUAAUCAUACACAUACGAACGCGAAGCGCGCGUGUCAUCGAUUUUCUGCGUGCCUGAACAGAAAAGUCGCCAGAAAUGUGAAUGUAAAGGACUUUAUGCGGGUUGCUUUAAACCCUUUGAGAGGACUUAAAAUCAUUGUCGUCCUUUUAUCUUAAUAAUAUACAGAGUGAUUUGUAAGCUGGACAAUGCUAAUACUGAUGGGAUUAAUCUCUUUUGGAAUAUGAUCGUUAAAAAGAUAUCUAUUUUGUUGUGUGUGAAGGUUAUUCGUUUGCCUAAAAUAUUUUACGCAAAAAAAGUUGACCGAUGUUUGGAUUUUUUAUCACAAAAAAAAAAAAGGAAAACAAAUCCUUGUAGAUAUGAUAUGAUACUUUUGUUCCCUUCCAUUUAAAGAGUCUGAAAUUUAGUCGCAAGUUUUAUCUAAUUUGUUUUUGGCAGGUCUGUUAUUGCAGUCAUUAAGUCUGUUAUUGCAGUUAUGAGUUCAAACAAUGACAGUUCGUAACAAUUACAAAAGCUGACGUUUCGAGCGUUAGCCCUUCGUCGGAGCGAAUUAUUUCGUUAACCCCACCGACGCAGCCCCAAACAGUUUCUUUAGAAACUAUCAGCCUUUAUAUAGUUCGUAACACACUGUUAUGAUCAAUAAAGUAGUUUAGCAAUGUU